CCCAAUUUCCUUCCUUCUCCUUCUCCUUAUCCACCCUUUCCCCAAUCAUUCUUCCUACCUCCCCUCCCCCAAGAUCAACCCACAACUAUCUCUUCUUGGUACUUGACUUGCUUGAAUUACUUGAGUCGCCUGACCCAUUGCCACAAUGGUCACUGCUCGGAAAAUGCAAAAGCAGCCCAAGCGCACUAGCACGGACAUAGAAGAGAAGGGAAAGGGGGCAGCUGUGUACCCCAGUGGAGAGUAUCUCUGUCAACAGGAAGAGUAUCAUGACAUAAUGGAACAUCAUUUCAUGAUGGGCAUGCUAGCACGGCCCCAUAUACGAUCCUGCCCGGAAAUGGUCCGCGACGGCUUCGGUCUGCUCGCUCUAUGGGUCCAGGGCUGGACCAUGUCAUGGGGUGAAAACAAGCCUAUGUACCGUCUCUCCGAUGAUGACAAACGGAUGAUCAUUGCAAGCUUGGAUGGUUUCUGCAUCAAAGAUGACUGGGACAGUAUAUAUUCCUCUCUCCCCCCUGGCGGUCGUGCUGAGAUUGGGAUUGUUUUGAUGGAAACCAUGAUGAACAAGUUUAUCCAUGACAAAUUUGCCGCCUCUACCUUCUGGUUUGUGGAUGCCAAAAUCGAUGCUACUGACCAGGAAGGGGACGACAACUUCUGUAAACGACUCGACUAUGUCUAUGAGAGGUUCAAAGAAACAUUGCCUAAAGACGCAGCCUGGUGGAAAUCAACCCUCGUGAGCGUAUGUAUGCUCAGCGCCACAGAAUGGGGGUACAACAAAGCCCCUCCCACACCACUUCUUCAUACAACACUGGAACGCCGCAAGGUCCUCCUAAAGGCCUAUGGAGACGAGCUGCUAGCGAGCCAGCCAUUCCAGCUCUUGUUUCGAGGCUCAUUGAGCGAGGAAGAGCAGGCCAUACGCGAAGAAGAAACUCGCAAAGUCCUAGAGGAAGCUGCCCAUCAGUUCACCAGUCUCCAAGGCGAAUUAUUUGGCAAUCUUGUGGUCGAACGACUGCCUGAGCUUCUGACAUUUGAUCGUCAUUCCAAUAAAAUGGAUCCACAUAUCCUUCACGUCGGCUUCAGGCCUCACCACGGUACUCGGGUUCUAAUCGUGACACGCCCGCACUACAGCUACCAUGACAUUGUAGCAACCAAUGGUUGGCAAUCUCGGCCUCCUCUCCAAAUCAUCACCGCAAGAGUUUUGACGGCGCCCAAGGGGCCCAAAGCUCGGGCUCUAUGGGCUGCUGCUGGCGAUGAUAGGCCCAUCCAUGUCGCGCAGGGUCACGCCAAUACCGCGGAAAAUGAGGAGGUUAGCCAAGAGGAGAAUGUUGAAGAAGGUAGCGAUGGCGAAGACAAGCCACGGAAGUUGAGGAGGACAUACUUGCGAGGGGCUGAAGAUGAAUGA